CGCCAUGGUCACCAGGAACAGCUGCUCAAGAGGGGAUGCGCAGCUGCCUCUUCUUUCCAGCACCCCUCGGGCUUGGGAUGUGGGCUUUCGCAUGGCUCGACGGCGACUGGGGACUACAGAGGAAGCGAUAAAAUGGACGAACGUUUUCUCUUCCCCGAGUACAUCCUGGAACCGGAGCCCGCGCCGACCCCCGAAGAGGAGCUGCAGCAGCUGCAGCAGCGGCAAGAGGAAGAGGAGCGACAGAAGCAGCAGCAGCGGGAGGAGCGACGACAGCUGAAGCUACGGGCCAGCCGCCGGGUGAACCCAGUAUUGGGGCACCCAGACCCGGCAGUGCCGCCCAGCGGCGUGAACUGCUCAGGCUGCGGGGCAGAACUGCACUGCCAGGACCCGGGCGUGCCCGGCUACCUGCCCAGCGAGAAGUUCUUUAGCGCUUUGGCGCAGGCCGACGGGGGGCUGGCGCGGACCGUGUGCCAGCGUUGCUGGCUAUUGGUGCACCACCGGCGCGCCCUGCGCCUGCAGGUGACUCGCGAGCAGUACCUGGAGCUAGUGAGCGUCGCGCUGCGACGGCCGGGGCCCGCCCUGGUGCUCUACAUGGUAGACUUGCUCGACCUGCCGGACACCUUGCUGCCAGACCUGCCCGCGCUGGUAGGACCCAAACAACUGAUCGUACUGGGGAACAAGGUGGACCUGCUACCCCAGGACGCUCCUGGCUACCUGCAGCGGCUCCGGGAGCGUCUGUGGAAUGACUGUGCCCGCGCCGGACUCCUGCCGCCUCAGAGCCACAGAGGGCCACAAGACCCCGGCGGCGAAGGGGCUGGGGAGGAGGAGGAGAAUACGAAUCCAUCAGCCCGGACUUUCAGGGUACUCAGGGAUGUGCGGCUGAUAAGCGCCAAGACCGGCUAUGGGGUCGAAGAGUUAAUCUCCGCGCUUCAGCGCUCCUGGCGCUACCGCGGCGAUGUCUACCUGGUGGGCGCCACCAACGCUGGCAAGUCCACUCUCUUCAACACACUUCUGGAAUCCGAUUACUGCAUCGCCAAGGGCGCUGAGGCCAUCGACAGGGCCACUAUCUCCCCCUGGCCAGGUACUACAUUAAACCUUCUGAAAUUUCCUAUUUGCAAUCCAACUCCUUAUAGAAUGUUUGAAAGGCAAAAGAGGCUUAAAAGAGAAGCAUCCAGAGCGGAAGAAGAUCUUACUAAGCAAGAACAAAAUCAACUUAAUCUCUUGAAAAAGCAUGGCUAUGUAGUAGGACGAGUUGGAAGAACAUUCCUGCAUUCAAAAGAACUGAAGGAUGAAGCUGCCUUUGAGUUUGAUGCUGAUUCACUUGCUUUUGACAUGGGAAAUGAACCUGUUAAGAUUGUAGACAAAUCCACCAAACGAGUAGAAUUGACCCCACAAGAUGUGAAAGAUGCCCACUGGUUUUAUGACACCCCUGGAAUUACAAAAGAAAACUGUGUUUUAAAUCUUCUAACAGAAAAAGAAGUAAAGAUUGUUUUGCCAACACUUUCCAUUAUUCCAAGGACUUUUGUGCUUAAACCAGGAAUGGUUCUAUUUUUGGGUGCUAUAGGCCGCAUAGAUUUCCUGCAGGGAAAUCAGUCAGCUUGGUUUACAGUUGUGGCUUCCAACUUCCUUCCUGUGCACAUUACUUCCUUGGAUAGGGCAGAUGCUGUGUAUUCGAAGCAUGCGGGUCAUUCCUUGCUGAAGGUUCCAAUGGGUGGAGAAAAGCGAAUGGCAGAAUUUCCUCCUCUUUUUGCUGAAGACAUUACAUUAGAAGAAGGAUUUGAGGAAUCCAAAGCAGUGGCUGACAUCAAGUUUUCCUCUGCAGGUUGGGUCACAGUAACACCUCAGUUUAAAGACCGGCUGCAUCUCCGAGCAUAUACACCUCAAGGAACAGUUCUCACCGUCCGGCCCCCUCUCUUGCCACAUAUCAUGGACAUCAAAGGAAGGCGCAUCAAGAAAAGUGUGGCAUAUAAAACCAAGAAGCCUCCUUCCCUUGUGUAUGAUCUGCAGAAGAAGAAAAGCAGAUAAAUGUAUGAGGCUGACCUUGUUCACACUGAAUAUUAACUAUACUGAACAUAACUAUAUGUUGAAUU